AUGAAUACCCUAGCCUGGAACUGUCGAGGGAUUGGCAACCCCCGAGCAGUUAGAGCACUCCGCAAUUGGUGCUCAUCUUUUGGCCCGGAUUUGUUGUUCAUUUCGGAAACAAAAAUAAACAAAGAAACUGUGGAGAAACUCAAAGAUAAGUUCGGGUUUGACAAUGCCAUCGGUGUAAGUAGUAGGGGUUUGUCGGGUGGUCUCUGUAUGUUCUGGAAGAGUGAGUCAGUCUCCUUCAAUUUGAUAUCUCUCUCUCAACAUCAUAUUGCAGGCGAUGUGGUCACCUCAGAGGGUCUGUCUUGGAGAUUUAUAGGGCUCUACGAGAAAAAGGAAGGUGGAGCCGACUUAGAGAGACGGGCUAUUCCGGAGUUCCGUGACACUCUUGAGGCCUGUAACCUCCGUGACUUGGGCUUUGAAGGUCAAUGGUUUACGUGGGAAAGGGGCCUGUCAGAGGAGACGAUGGGGUGGAGUGGGAAGCAUUUUGAAAAUUUGGGCAAGCAGAUUAGGGAAGUAGAAAAGGUUCUAAAGGAAGCGCAGGGAAGGGAGGUUUCGGUGGAGAAUAUAAGCGUUUGUUUAGCUCUUGAAAAGAAUAUGGACGAUUUGUAUGACAAGCAGGAGGCCUACUGGUAUCUACGCUCGAGGGUAUCGGAUAUAAAAGAUGGAGACCGAAACACCAGUUACUUCCACCACAAGGCAUCUCAACGGAGGAAACGCAAUGAAAUAAAGGGCCUAAUAGACUCAACUGAUGAAGCUUGCAAAGAGGUUCUAAGUGCUUUCCAUACAACCAUUACUCCAAACCACAAUGAGGCUCUCCUCAAGCCUUUCGACAAAAAGGAGAUCUUCGCCGCAGUCUGUGAGAUGCACCCGUGUAAAGCGCCGGGGCCGGAUGGAAUGCACGCUAUCUUUUAUCAAAAGUACUGGCACAUAGUUGGCGACGAUGUAAGUAAUCAUGUUUGCAAUAUUUUAGACGGUAUUUGCUCCCCUGAACCAGUAAACAAUACGAAUAUUAUAUUAAUUCCAAAAGUCAAAUCGCCAACAUCUCUAAAGGAGUUCCGGCCAAUAGCAUUGUGA